UGCAUGUUCCUCUUGCUGCAAAGUUUUGCAGCAGAAGGCCGGAUCUUGCUGCAAGGAAAGGGAAAGAGAGGAUACAGUAGUCAUUCCUUUGCUCCACCUUCAGUCUGCAGUUCUGCUUCUUGGGGUGAGAAGAGCCCUAGGCCCACUCCAGGGCCCAUCAUCCUGCUGAAGGGUCCAUUGGGGGGGUGCCUGGUCCGCUUCCCUUUAUUGCUGCUCCUGAAACGUCUAUUCAGGACGUCCCAAAAAACAUGUCUUCUGAGUCUCAGGGUGGUUCUGGGAAAGUGACUCUUUUCCACCAAGAUGCCCCCGAGGGCCUUACCUACCGCAUCCCGGCAUUGCUGUACCUCCCUUCCGAGUCGACUUUCCUGGUGUUUGCAGAGAAACGGUCCUCCUUCAGAGAUGAACACGCUGAGUUCCUGGUGAUGAGACGAGGAAAGAAAGAUGGGAUGUCAGUACAGUGGGGCCCGCAAGAGUCUCUUGUAACAGCCAUGCUGCCCAACAGCCGCACCAUGAACCCGUGCCCUGUGUUCGAGAAGAAGUCCGGCACCGUUUUCCUGUUCUUCAUAUGCGUGGAGACUCACGUGACGGAGUGGCACCAGAUCACGACAGGAAGAAACGCAGCCAGGUUGGGCUACGUCUCGAGCCGGGAUGGCGGCCGCACCUGGAGCCACACCACCGACUUGACCGAGCGGGUGAUUGGGGAGGAUUUGGAAAACUGGGCCACCUUUGCCGUUGGUCCGGGCCACGGGGUACAGCUGAGCUCCGGGCGCCUGGUGAUUCCCGCCUACACCUAUUAUAUCCACCAACGUGGCUCCGGUCCCACGCCUGUCUGCUUGACCCAACCCCAUUGCUUCACUUUGUACAGCGACGAUGGCGGGCAGAAUUGGACCCGGGGCCAGCUCCUGAAGACUUUGCGGACCACUGAGUGCCAGGUUGCUGAGCUGACCCACCGGAAUGAUAGCCAGGUUUUAUAUUGCAGUGCACGCAGUCCAGACAGAAGCCGGGCUGAGGCCUUUGGCAUGGUAUGUGGAGACCAGUUUGAGGAAUCCUACUUGUGCAAAGAGUUGUGCGAGCCACCGCACGGUUGCCAGGGGAGCAUAGUGAGUUUCAAUGCGCUGCCAUUGCCCUCGGAUGUGAGCCCAAAGGCAGAUGAAGGUGAACCAAUCCAUCCAUUGGGUAUUCAUGCUUCCUCUAACCCCCACAAGAGCACCAAGUCAUGGCUGAUUUUCUCCCAUCCGACGCAUGGCCACAAGCGUUUGGACCUGGGCAUCUACCUGAAUAUGUCCCCAUUGGAUCCAGGAUCCUGGAAGGGCCCCUGGGUGCUUUAUAAAGGGCCCAGCGGCUACUCAGACUUGGCCGUCUGUGAGGAAGAGGGUGGCUCACUCAUAUUUGGAUGUUUGUUUGAAUGCGGAGUGACCCGGGAGUGCGAAGAAAUUGCCUUUCAGGUGUUUACAGGUGCUGAGCUCCUGGGAAACCUGGUGCAAAGCGGUGCAUGCACUGUUUCUCCCACAGAGCCAAAAUAGUAGGACAGAACAAUGCCCAAGUACUAUUGUUGUUGUUACUUCUUACCCCCCUCUCCCCAUGGAUUGUACUUCAGAGGCCACAACAGUGGGUCCAAGAGUCACAUGCAUCCCAUGGGGGCCAUACUUUUGCUCACCCCUGAACUUAAAACAAUUACUUAUAACAGUUAAAGUUACCUGUAGCAAUUUUGGGAGUUGAGGAGUAAGAGUAGAACAGAGUUAUAAUUCCAAAGACAUGCAAAAAGCAUUAGCUGCAUUAUUUGUUUUGAUGCAAUGAUAAGAUGUUCUUAUUUUUGAUCAAAGUUAUUGUAAAGGCAUUUUGAUAGGAAUUUCCCAAGAUUUGUGCUAUUCAUUUAUUCAGUGCCUAAGCAAGACCAAAGGCCCAGCAGUUCUGCAUCAUGGAACAUGGAUCUUUGGAGAAGCAUCUUCUAAAGUGGCAUUCAAGUGAAAGGACAAAUUGGUUUGAAAUUAACAUAUGCUCCGAUCAUUUCUGAAUUCUAAUGAAGAAGGAGAGUUUAAGUUGAAAUUAUUGUGGAUAACCUGUUUAAAGUUGUUCUGAUUUUGUUGUUGUUGUUAUGUAAGAUCAUCUUAUCGCAAGAUCUUGAAAAUGCCGAAUAAAAAAUUGUUUAUGCCUUU